AUGUCAAAGUCAGCCGAGGCGGGUUCGCGCGGCAUCGAACUUGAAGAUCUGCUCGCCGAGACGGGCCAAUUCGGUCGGUUCCAGCUGUGGCAGUGUACCCUGCUGUUGCUUCCUGUUAUUUUCACCGCCUUCUCGAACCUGUGCUACGUGUUUACCGCCGGAGAUGUGCACUAUCGCUGCUACGUUCCGGAGUGCGACACGGGUUCGGAAGUGAUUCCUUUCGCCCCUGACUGGCUGCGGGAUGCGGUACCAUACGGUGCCAGUUCUAAGUUGCCGGCAAAAUGCGACCGUUAUCAGCCCUUACCAGGGAACGGCACGGAUGAGACGGCAUUGGCUUGCGACGCGAGCCGAUUCAACCGGAGUGCCGUCGAGCGAUGCUCGUCGUUCGUGUUUGAGGAUCCCACCGAGAGGACGGUCGUGAAUGAGUUCAACCUGACCUGCGACGAUAACCGGUGGAAAGUGACACUGGUCGGCACGAUCCACAGCGUGGGCCAGUUUGUGUCCCUCGCAAUGACGGGUCUCAUAUCCGAUCGGUUCGGGCGUCGCUGGACUUUGCUGCUGGGCGUUGGUUUGGGAGCGGUUCUCGCAAUCGUCCGCUCCUUUACCAACAGCUAUCGCUCGUUCCUGAUGCUCGAAUUUUUGGAGGCGAUGUUCGGUUCGACCAGCUACACGACCGCGUUUAUCCUCAUCCUGGAGCUGGUCGAACCGAGGCGUCGUGUCGUCGUGAAGAGUGUAAUUCUAGUCGCAUACGCUUUGGCCGAGUCCGUGCUCGGGCUGUUGGCGAUGCAGUUUCGCAACUGGCGCACGCUCUCCUUAGUCCUGUUUGUCCCUGGCGUCGUUUCGAUACCUCUACUGUUCACCACCGUCGAGAGUGUCCGGUGGUUGGUAACGAAAGAUCGACAAGCGACCGCCGUUCGCAUCCUGCAGCGAGUGGCUAGGGUAAACGGACGUCCUCCGAUUUCCCAGGACACGCUGGACGACUUUUGCCUCCACCAGAAGGCAAAACUGGAAAGCGAACAACACUCCGGUGGCAAGCGGUCGUUCGUGAAGCUGCUCCUACAAACAUGCCAAAACCGCCAUCUGCUGCUGCGGAUCGCGAAUUGUUCUUUCUGCUGGUUCACGAACGCCAUGGUGUACUACGGGCUGACGCUCAACUCGGUCACGCUGGCCGGUGAUAAGUAUAGCAACUUUAUCUUCAUUACCCUUGCCGAGAUUCCACCCUCGCUGGCCAUCAACUGCAUCCUGAGCCGGUUCGGGCGUCGGAAAACGCAAUGCGGCUCACUCAUUCUGUCCGGUGUGUUUUGUCUCCUGGCCCUCACCGCCCUCAAAGACAUCACCUGGCUUAACGUGAGCCUUUUCCUGAUGAGCAAAAUGGCCAUCUCGCUGUCGUUUUCCACGCUCUACAUCUACACCGCCGAAAUCUUCCCCACCAACCUGCGCCAGAGCUUCAUCUCGUUCUGCUCAAUGGUGGGCCGGUUCGGUUCGAUGCUCGCCCCCCAGAUGCCACUGCUGCAGGCCCUCUGGGCCCCACUGCCGAUGGUCCUGUUCGGCUCGGUAGCCGUCCUGUCGGGAGUGCUGGUGCUGGACUUCCCCGAGACGACCGACGCCACCCUGCCCAACACCAUCGAGGAAGCGGUCGAGCUCCGCAGCCCGACGACCAAGCAGGCACCAGUGGAGCCCGAAAAGGGAUCCUACUCCGCCCCUGGAUGA